GCAAUAUAAAUUAUAAUAUUGUACUUUCUUGGUCUCCACGUGGAAAGAACCAUUGGCGGAUACAAAUUUUUGUACAGAAAUGGCUUCAGCUAUCCAAAAACUACGUCCACUGCUUGACCGUGUCAUUAUUGAGAAAUUUAUGCCAGAAACUACUACUAAAGGAGGAGUGCUUUUACCUGAGCAAAGUUUGGGAAAAGUUCUUAAAGGAACUGUUAUAUCUACUGGUCCAGGAAGCCGAGAUAAUAAUGGUAAUGUAAUCCCAGUGAGCGUUAAAGAAGGUGACGAAGUAUUGCUCCCAGAAUAUGGUGGCACAAAAAUUACUUUUGAAGAUAAGGACUAUCAUAUAUAUCGUGAUUCUGAAAUCAUGGCAAUUUUCUCUGAGUAAUGCUAUGACAAAAGCUUGAAUAUGAAUAUCAACUGCUGGAAAAUAUUACAUGUAAAAUUAUGGAGAGGAUUUAAACUAUGAACUAUUUGCUUGCUUAUUACUUCCACAACAGUCAAUCAAAGAUAGUAGAUUUAUAUAAAAGUUGUGUAUGUAAUCUUUCUAUUUCAAAUGGUUUGGUUCUUUUUUCCCAACUUUAAAUGCUUUGCUUUCUGUAUUUUUCCCAUAUAUGCUCAUCUAAUGAAUUUAAAAUGAUAAAUGUUUGAAACUGGA